CAAGAUGGCGAGCGGCGGCAGCGGGGGGGUUUCGGUGCCUGCGCUCUGGAGUGAAGUGAACCGUUAUGGCCAGAACGGCGACUUCACGCGCGCUCUCAAGACCGUAAACAAGAUACUGCAGAUUAACAAGGAUGACGUAACUGCUCUGCACUGUAAGGUGGUAUGCCUUAUCCAGAACGGAAGCUUCAAGGAAGCCCUGAAUGUCAUCAAUACUCACACAAAAGUGUUAGCCAAUAAUUCUCUUCCUUUUGAGAAGGCAUAUUGUGAAUACAGGCUGAACAGAAUUGAAAAUGCCUUGAAGACAAUAGAAAGUGCCAAUCAGCAGACAGGCAAGCUAAAGGAACUUUAUGGACAAGUGUUAUACCGAUUAGAACGCUAUGAUGAAUGCUUAGCUGUGUAUAGAGAUCUUGUCCGAAACUCCCAAGAUGAUUAUGAUGAGGAGAGAAAGACAAAUCUUUCAGCCGUUGUUGCAGCUCAAAGCAAUUGGGAAAAAGUGGUGCCAGAGAACCUGGGCCUCCAAGAAGGCACACAUGAACUGUGCUACAAUGCUGCAUGUGCACUAAUAGGACAGGGCCAGCUGAACCAGGCAAUGAAAAUCCUGCAAAAAGCUGAAGAUCUUUGUCGCCGUUCAUUAUCAGAAGACGCUGAUGGGACUGAGGAAGAUCCACAGGCAGAACUAGCCAUCAUUCAUGGGCAGAUGGCUUAUAUUCUUCAGCUUCAGGGUUGUACUGAGGAGGCUUUGCAACUUUACAAUCAGAUAAUAAAACUAAAGCCAACAGAUGUGGGAUUACUAGCUGUAAUUGCAAAUAACAUCAUUACCAUUAACAAGGACCAAAAUGUCUUUGACUCCAAAAAGAAGGUGAAAUUAACCAAUGCAGAAGGAGUAGAGUUUAAACUUUCCAAGAAACAAUUGCAAGCUAUAGAAUUUAACAAAGCUUUACUUGCUAUGUACACAAACCAGGCAGAACAGUGCCGCAAAAUAUCUGCCAGUUUACAAUCCCAAAGUCCUGAACACCUCCUGCCAGUGUUAAUCCAGGCUGCCCAGCUCUGCCGUGAAAAGCAGCACACCAAAGCAAUAGAGUUGCUUCAGGAGUUUUCAGAUCAGCAUCCAGAAAAUGCAGCUGAAAUUAAACUGACCAUGGCACAGCUGAAAAUUUCCCAAGGUAAUAUUUCCAAAGCAUGUCUAAUAUUGAGAAGCAUAGAGGAGUUAAAGCAUAAACCAGGCAUGGUAUCUGCAUUAGUGACCAUGUACAGCCACGAGGAAGAUAUUGAUAGUGCCAUUGAGGUCUUCACACAAGCUAUCCAGUGGUAUCAAAGCCACCAGCCCAAAUCCCCUGCUCAUUUGUCCUUGAUAAGAGAAGCUGCGAACUUCAAACUCAAAUAUGGAAGGAAGAAGGAGGCAAUUAGUGACCUAGAACAGCUAUGGAAACAAAAUCCAAAAGAUAUUCAUACCCUGGCUCAGCUUAUUUCUGCUUAUUCACUUGUAGAUCCUGAGAAAGCAAAAGCUCUUAGUAAACACUUGCCCUCAUCAGAUAGUAUGUCUCUAAAAGUGGAUGUGGACGCUCUUGAAAAUUCUCCUGGUGCUACAUACAUUCGGAAGAAAGGUGGUAAAGCUACUGGAGAUAGUCAACCAAAGGAACAAGGGCAGGGAGAUUUGAAAAAGAAGAAGAAGAAAAAGAAGGGGAAACUGCCUAAGAAUUAUGACCCCAAAGUGACUCCAGAUCCAGAAAGAUGGCUACCAAUGCGAGAACGUUCUUACUACCGAGGAAGAAAGAAGGGUAAAAAGAAGGAUCAGAUUGGAAAAGGAACCCAGGGAGCAACUGCAGGAGCUUCAUCUGAACUGGAUGCCAGUAAGACUGUGAGCAGCCCACCCACCUCUCCGAGACCUGGCAGCGCGGCAACAGCGUCGGCAUCCACGAGUAAUAUUAUACCCCCCAGACACCAGAAGCCUGCGGGGGCUCCAGCAGCAAAGAAGAAACAGCAACAAAAAAAGAAGAAAGGUGGAAAAGGAGGCUGGUGAAUAGAACAUUCUUGUGGCAGGCUAUUUUUAAAUGAGUCUCAAUGACACUAGGAACAUAAUAAAGGUAACAGCAAGAAGCACAGAGCUGCUCCCUCUCUCAUCCCCACAUUUUCAUAAAAAUUAUUUUCUUGUACAUCAAAACAGGAAAACAAAUCCCUCAAACUCUGUCUAGUCAGAUGUACUCGUACAACCUAGCUUUGCACAGAUGAAGCAGACUCAGAAUAAUUGGCAUUUCCCACCUUGCUAUCUGUUGUGUCCUUUAUAUUUGUGUGCUGAUCUGCUGGAUUGGAGUUUUGUUUUUUGUUUUUUUCCCAGUUUCACAAACAAGACAUGUUAUCUAAGGUUUCCUCGGAUUUAAGGAGAAGCUACUUCUGUUUCAAAUAUAUUCUAAAAACACUUGUUCCUGUCAAGUCCCACUUUAAAUUUUGUCUUAGGAGGCCUUGGGAAACAAAGGUGAAAUCUUCUGAGCAUUCCAAAUAUCUGCUUAGAAAUAUCAUGUGAUUCAAAAAGGGACCUUAUUAAUACACUGCUUUUCUUCACUUUAUUACAGGAAAACUAAAGGAUUACUUUUGGCCAUAAAUUCUGUCAUAGAUAUGUACUUUAUCACUAUACAUAUAUAAAUUAGGACUCCUUUGUGGCCCCUUGUCAGUUUCAGAUCAUGAAAACAUGCUAUUUAAGAACCGUAAAGAAUUCAAGCAGAAAAUAUAAAUGUGGCAAGUAGUAGAAUCUUAAGACCUGGCGUUUGGGGGGGGGGGGGCAAAUGGAUUUGUUCUGUCUCAUUCAGAAAGAUGUAAAGGCCCCUAUUGAGAGCAUAAACAUUGACUUCCUUUGUAGAGAGGAAGUCAAUCCAGUAUUAAAGCUUAACUAUUUGACCCAAUAAAUAAACUCUGAAACAAGAAUAUGACCAUUACCCUUCUCCAGUAAUGAAGUAUUGUACAGUCAGUCUGUGGUGUUAGUGCUGCUCGGGCCUUGUCUUUACGUUCAGGCCACUUUCCUGUUGAACAGUCAUAAGACAGACACACUGGGGUUGCCCAGUUAACUAUUACUAGUUGCCCUUGUGAGUACUCCUUUUAUGCUGCCCAUGAUAGCAUUGAAUUUAGACGUAAGAGUAUUUCCUUGUGAUAUUACUCUGUCCUUGUUAAUAAAGUGCUGCUGUUUGAUCAACAUACUGAGAUUUCAAGAGUUCUUAAAAGGCUUUUCUCCUUUACAGUAGCAAGAAAUGUGGUGCUGCCUUUCUGUCUAGCAUAAUCUGGUGGCAUUGAAACAAAAGACCUUCAUAAAAUAAGAAUGACUUAUGGUGUAAUACUUUUUGAGCUCUCAAAAACAGUCUUUUGAUAAGAAUGACAUAUUUAUUCCUCCUGAUUAUAUACUCAAUCACAGGCAUAAUUGUUAGUAAAUGUUAUUGUGGAGUCAUUAGAUUUCUGUGGUGAAGGAUAAUCAUUUUUUUAAAGAUAACUAAGCUACAGAAUUGUGAAAAUUACCAUCUUUGAAGAUUUUGACCCAAGGCAAAACAAUGACACAGUUUUCUAUUUCGUCAUUGUAACUGCCAAUCAUUGUUACUACCAGUCAUUGCUAAGCAACAGAAACCUCAAUUCAAAUAACUGUAAAAUGAAGUUGUAACCAUUACAUUAACUUUUUAGUAGUUAUUUCUUCUUGGGAUGGGGUCUUUAACAGUGACAUACAUAUUUUGUAUAUAUUUAUGUAUGUGAUACAUUUAUAAAAAACCCAGUUGGAUACAUCCAUUCACUCUGGCACAUUUUAAAAUAAAAUAUUCUGUCAGUGA